CCCUCUCUCGAUCUCUCGCCCGCACCGCCGCCGCCGCCGCCGCCGCCACCACUGCAGCUUGCCGCCGGCUCCUCCUCCUCCUCCUCUUCCUCCACGCCGACGAGAUGGUUGAGAGAUUGCUCAAGGAUGAUGCCACCGAGGAGAAAGGAGAGCGUGCCAGGAUGGCAUCCUUCAUUGGUGCUAUGGCAAUAGCGGACUUGGUCAAGACCACUUUGGGGCCAAAAGGAAUGGACAAGAUCCUUCAAUCAACUGGCAGGGGACGCAGCGUUACUGUUACAAAUGAUGGUGCUACGAUUCUGAAGUCUCUUCAUAUCGACAACCCAGCUGCCAAGGUCCUUGUUGACAUCUCAAAAGUACAAGAUGACGAAGUGGGUGAUGGAACUACUUCUGUUGUUGUUUUGGCUGGUGAGCUUUUGAGGGAAGCUGAAAAGUUGGUAAAUAUGAAGAUACAUCCAAUGACAAUUAUUGCAGGGUUCAGGAUGGCUGCUGAAUGUGCUCGUGAUGCUUUAUUACAGAGGGCCAUGGAUAACAAGGAAGAUUCAGAUAAAUUUAGAUCAGAUCUUAUGAACAUUGCUAUGACAACGUUGAGUUCGAAGAUACUUUCCCAGGACAAGGAAUACUUUGCUGGUCUUGCAGUUGAAGCUGUUCUAAGACUCAAGGGCAACACCAACUUGGAAGCAAUUCAAAUUCUUAAGAAAGCUGGAGGCUCUCUUAAGGACUCCUUUUUGGAUGAAGGGUUCAUUCUAGACAAGAAAAUCGGACUUGGUCAACCGAAGAGAAUCGAAAAUGCCAAGAUUUUGGUUGCAAAUACUGCUAUGGACACAGACAAAGUUAAGAUAUAUGGAGCACGUGUAAGGGUCGAUUCAAUGGCUAAGGUUGCUGAAAUUGAAGCCGCUGAAAAGCAAAAAAUGAGAGAAAAAGUGGAAAAGAUCAUAGGUCAUGGAAUCAACUGUUUCGUUAACAGGCAGUUGAUCUAUAACUUCCCUGAGGAACUCUUUGCAGAUGCUGGCAUACUGGCUAUUGAGCAUGCUGAUUUUGAGGGUAUUGAGCGGCUUGCUCUUGUCACUGGUGGUGACAUCACCUCGACUUUUGACAACCCAGAGUCUGUCAAGCUUGGUCAUUGCAAGGUCAUUGAAGAGAUUAUGAUUGGGGAGGACAGGCUGAUUCAUUUCUCUGGGGUUGAAAUGGGGCAGGCCUGCACUAUUGUCCUCAGAGGAGCAAGUGAGCAUGUGCUUGAUGAAGCAGAGAGGUCACUGCACGAUGCCUUAUGUGUGCUUUCACAAACGGUGAAUGACACCCGUGUGUUAUAUGGUGGUGGGUGGCCUGAGAUGGUUAUGGCUAAAGAAGUAGAUGAACUGGCAAGGAAGACACCUGGGAAGAAGUCCCAUGCUAUUGAAGCUUUCUCCCGUGCUCUUCAGUCCAUUCCAACCAUCAUAGCGGACAAUGCUGGUCUGGAUAGCGCUGACCUGAUCUCUCAGCUUCGAGCAGAGCAUCACAAAGAGCAGAGCACUGCUGGAAUUGAUGUCAUUUCUGGCGGCGUUGGAGACAUGAAAAGGCUGGGGAUAUCUGAGUCGUUUAAGGCGAAGCAAGCUGUUCUUCUGUCUGCUACAGAGGCAGCAGAGAUGAUUCUCAGGGUCGACGAGAUCGUCACUUGCGCUCCACGAAGAAGGGAGGACAGGAUGUGAUGUAUCUGAUACGUGUGUUCUUCUGAGGAUGUUUGUUUGUUUCAGUAUUUUGUGCCAGUUCCGUUGGUGGACAUAUUGGACGGCCUGGUCUGUAUUAUCAUGAAAAUUGAAAACUUGUCCUAACAUCUGAACAUUUGUUGAAUGGGGUUUUUAUUUGCUUCUUUACUCAUCUCAGACUCGGUUUGAUUUCACUCUUAAAAAGAGUAGUAUUCUAUUGUUAUCUGUUUUGAUCAUCA